UUCUUCAAAAAUUUCAAGAAAAUUCAUCAAUUUUCUUUGUUGAAAAGAAUAGCUGUUUUAAUCUUCAAGACAAAACCAUUGAUUUCUGAUAUUGUCUCUUUGCUUCUUCCCCAAGUUUUCCUAUUCAUAUUUCUCUCUUUAUUUCUUUAAUCUUUAAUCAACUCUAACCAAACCAGUUUUUUUUUUUUUUUUUUUUAUGAAUUUGACAUAAUUCAGCUUUACAUGAUCUGAGGUUCAUUUGGGUACCUUUAUAAUUUGAUCAAUUCUCAAAAUUUUGAUUAGAAAGGGCUUUAUUGGUAAUUAUUUUGUUGAUUUGGGGGGAUAAUAGGAAUGGAGAAUUCACAAGGUGGUAGCGGUUCAAAUGCACCAGCUCCUUUUUUGAUCAAGACAUAUGAUAUGGUAGAUGAUCCAAUGACCAGCUCUAUAGUUUCUUGGAGUCAUAGUGGAUGCAGUUUUGUAGUGUGGAAUCCACCUGAAUUUGCUCAACAUUUGCUUCCUAAAUACUUCAAGCACAACAAUUUCUCAAGUUUUGUUAGGCAGCUUAAUACUUAUGGUUUCAGAAAGAUCGAUCCUGAUCAAUGGGAGUUUGGAAACGAAGAGUUUAUAAGAGGGCAGAGACAUGUGCUAGGCAACAUUCGUCGACGAAAACCAAUUCAUAGCCAUUCUUUGCAGAAUCAAGCCAAUGCAUCUCAACUAACAGACUCGGAAAAGAGGGGAUUCGAAGAGAAAAUCAAGCGACUUAAACACGAUAAGGGCUUGCUUCAAUUGGAGCUACAAAGAAAUGAAUCAGAAAAGCAAGCUUUCGAGUCUCAGAUUCUGUCAGUAGCUGAGAGAUUGGUAAGCAUGGAACGUAGGCAGAUGCAAUUAUUAACUUGUUUAGCUCAACUUGCCAAGAAACCGGAAUUUGCUUCAACUCUGAUGCAACAAUCUGAUUAUCAAAACAAAAAGAGAAGAUUACUAGAAUUCAACCACUUCAAUAAUCCGAGUUUGAGUUCACCUAAACCUGACGGAUCCCCUGCAUCAACAUUGGAUUUUGAGUUAGUUGAAAAGCUGGAUUCGUCCAUAAAAUGUUUUGAGACUUUCCUUUAUGGAGUAAGGGAAUUAACUUCUGCUCGAGAAAUCGAUUUUCGUGCAGUUUCGUCUCCGUCUUCUCCUGUAGUUUUUCGAGAGUUGAGUGCAUCAUCAUUGGACGGAGAAACAUCCUCACCGAGAUCAUUUCGAUCAUCACCUCAUUCAAUCGAUAUUCCUUCAUCUCCUGAGCUAGCUCGAUCCAUCAAUCAUAUCGGUAGCUUGGAAAAUUUUAUUCCACCAAUUAGUGAUUCUCAUUCUGAUGCCAAUUCCAAGCCUGAAUCAUCAAAUCCUAAUUCGGCCCCACCUGCAGUGAAUGAUAAUUUCUGGGAAUAUUUCCUGACCGAGGCUCCAGGUUCUUCUAGCGGACAAGAGCCCGAAAAACGCGAAGAUCCGACAAACAACGGUAGUAGAAUAAAUGGUAGACAUUGGUGGAAUUCAAACAUAUAUGAUCUAACAAAACAUAUGGAGCAUCUUGCACCAGCUGGAAGAACAUGAACAAUUGCUUGUUAUGUUGGUAAUGACACUAUCUUUGUUUUAAAACCAAUUUUUGCAGUGAUAAUAGUAUAUAUGUUCAUAUUAGUUCAGAUAUUUGGAGAGAUUUUGUGUACAACAUUAUUUAUUUUUGUGUGUUGUUGUUGGUGGGAGCUUCAUUGCUCAUUGUACAUAUUGUGUGGCUACAUUUUGACUAGAUUUCUAGAUGUGAACAAGUUAAUCAGUUACUCUUUCAGUUCCA